AUGCUGACUUUUCUUUGGAAAUUCGUUGUCUUUCAUUUCCUCAUCAUCUCCUGCUGUUUACUCGACAAUGUGAAUCCUGAGGACAAUCUGGAUAUACCAGCUAUUGCCAAAUAUUUCAACACAAAAGGGAGAUACGAGGAAGUGAACCCAUAUCUCACAGAGGACAUACUUGCUGUAAACGGAUCUAUUUUGCAGCCUCCGUCCGCACAAUGUCAAGAGAUUCAUCUGACAGCCAUCAUAAGACACGGCACAAGAUAUCCAACAACCAAAAACAUCAAGGAGAUGCAGCAGCUCUACAACAUCGUCCUGCACAAUGCCUCAGGUGAAGCGAACUGGCUGCGUGAAAUCCAGACCCAGUGGACGAUGUGGUACACCGAGGACAUGGACGGCCGGCUCGUCCAGAAAGGUGUGAAUGACCACAAGCAUCUGGCCAUCAGGCUGUCAAAGCUGUUCCCCUCAAUGAUUUCAGAGGAGAACCUGCGAGGUGGAUUCAUCCGGUUCAUAACCAGCUCAAAGCACAGGUGUGUCAAAAGCACGCUGUCCUUCAAGGCGGGGCUGACAGAGCUGUGGGCCAUCACAGAUAAGGAGUUUGACCACGUGGUGAAUGAUACUCUGAUGAGGUUUUUUGACCAGUGCACCAGGUUUGUGCAGGAAGUUGAUAACAACCCAUCAGCUGUGGUAGAGGUCAACAUGUUCAAGCAAGGACCAGAGAUGAGGAGUGUCCAGGAGAAGAUCGCAGACCGUCUCCGAGUCCCAUACAGUCUCAUCACACAUGAUUUGACUGAAGCUGCGUUUUACCUGUGUGCUUAUGAGUUUGCAAUCAAGGCAGUGAACUCCCCCUGGUGUCAGCUCUUCGAUGAGGUCGAUGCAAAGGUUAUGGAGUACGCCAGUGACCUGAGGGAAUACUGGAAAAGAGGCUACGGUCAUGAUAUUAACAGCAAGUCAAGCUGCAGGCUCUUUCAUGACGUGUUUCGCCGACUGAACAAAGCAGCUGGCGAGAACAAGUCAGGCCAGCAGGUGACUGAAGCUGUGACCAUCCAGGUGGGCCAUGCAGAUACACUCCUGCCGCUGCUUACCCUCCUGGGCUUCUUCAAGGACAGCGAUGCCCUGACAUCCACCAACUACGCCUCCCAGACCCAGCGCUCCUUCCGCACCAGCCACAUGCUACCCUAUGCAGCAAACUUAGUUCUGGUGCUAUACGACUGUGGGGGAGGAGACCUGAGACUGCAGCCGCUGCUCAAUGAGAAGCCUGUGACUUUCCCCGGUUUGACUGACCCGAGGACCUCCAUGCCACUCUAUGAGGACGUCAAAGAGCACUACAGGGAACUGCUCCAAGGCUGUGACUUUGAGGCUGAGUGUCAGCUGUUCAAGCAUCCUGCUAAAGUUUAG